AUGAAGGCCCCUACUGUGCUUGCACGUGGCAUCCUUGUGCUUCUGGUCACCUUGGUGCAGAAGAGUGAUGGGGAGUGCCAGGAGGCCCUGGCGAAGUCAGAGAUGAAUGUGAACAUGAAGUAUCAGCUUCCCAACUUCACUGCGGAGACGCCCAUCCAGAACGUCGCUCUACACAAGAAUCACAUUUACCUCGGUGCCAUUAACCACAUUUACGUUUUAAACGACAGAGACCUGCAGAAGGUGGCCGAGUACAAGACAGGGCCCGUGCUGGAGCAUCUGGGUUGUUUCCCAUGUCAAGAUUGCAGCCACCAAGCCAACGCUUCUGGUGGCAUCUGGAAAGAUAACGUCAACAUGGCUCUGCUGGUGGACACGUACUAUGACGACCAGCUCAUUAGCUGUGGCAGCGUUCGCAGGGGGACCUGCCAGCGACACGUCCUUCCUGCCUACGAUCCUGCGGACAUACAGUCCGAGGUGCACUGCAUGUACUCCCCGCAGACCGAUGAAGAGCCCAGCCAGUGUCCCGACUGUGUGGUGAGUGCCCUGGGAACCAAGGUCCUGAUGUCUGUAAAACAGCGGUUCAUCAACUUCUUCGUGGGCAAUACCAUCAGUUCUUCCUACCCUCCAGAUUAUUCUCUGCAUUCAAUAUCAGUGAGAAGGCUAAAGGAAACUCAAGAUGGUUUUAAGUUUCUGACAGACCAGUCCUAUAUUGAUGUUCUACCUGAGUUGCGAGACUCUUACCCCAUCAAGUAUGUCCACGCCUUUGAAAGCAACGAUUUCAUUUACUUUUUGACAGUCCAAAGGGAAACUCUCAAUGCCCAGUCUUUCCACACAAGAAUAAUCAGAUUCUGUUCUGUAGACUCUGGAUUGCAUUCCUACAUGGAAAUGCCUUUGGAGUGUAUACUCACAGAAAAGAGAAGAAAGCGAUCCCCAAGGGAAGAGGUGUUUAAUAUUCUUCAAGCUGCAUAUGUCAGUAAGCCUGGGGCCCAUCUCGCACGGCAGAUAGGCGCCAACCCGAAUGAUGACAUUCUCUAUGGAGUGUUUGCCCAGAGCAAGCCAGAUUCUGCCGAGCCGAUGAAUCGCUCUGCCGUCUGUGCAUUCCCUAUCAAGUAUGUCAAUGAAUUCUUCAACAAGAUAGUCAACAAAAACAAUGUGAGAUGUCUUCAGCAUUUUUAUGGACCCAACCACGAACACUGCUUUAAUAGGACACUUCUGAGAAAUUCAUCCGGCUGUGAAGUGCACAGUGACGAGUAUCGCACAGAGUUUACUACCGCUUUGCAGCGCGUCGACUUAUUCAUGGGCCAGUUCAACCAUGUCCUCUUAACGUCCAUAUCCACCUUCAUUAAAGGGGAGCUCACCAUCGCCAACCUGGGGACCUCAGAAGGCCGCUUCAUGCAGGUUGUAGUUUCUCGAUCGGGAUCAUCAACACCUCAUGUGAAUUUUCGCCUGGAUUCCCACCCCGUGUCUCCAGAAAUGAUUAUCAAGGACCCCUUAAACCAAAAUGGCUACACACUGGUUGUCACCGGGAAGAAGAUCACCAAGAUCCCGCUGGAGGGCCUGGGCUGUGAGCACUUCCAGGCCUGCAGCCAGUGCCUCUCGGCCCCGCCCUUCGUGCAGUGUGGCUGGUGCCACGACAGAUGUGCACGAUCGAAGGAAUGUGCCUCUGGCACAUGGACCCAAGACCUCUGUCAUCCCACGGUCUAUGAGGUGUUCCCAACUAGUGCACCUCUGGAAGGAGGGACAACGCUGACCAUCUGUGGCUGGGACUUCGGAUUCAGGAAGAACAGUAAAUUUGAUGUGAAGAAAACCAGGAUUCUCCUUGGAAAUGAGAGCUGUACCUUGGCCCUAAGUGAGAGUACAACAAAUAUGUUAAAAUGCACAGUUGGUCCUGCAAUGAAUGAGCAUUUCAAUAUGUCCAUAAUUAUUUCAAAUGGUCGAGGGACGGUGCAAUACAGUACAUUUGCUUACGUGGAUCCUAUAAUAACAAGUAUUUCCCCAAGUUAUGGUCCUAAGACUGGUGGCACUUUACUUACUUUAACUGGAAAAUACCUUAACAGUGGGAAUUCUAGACACGUUUCAAUUGGUGGAAAAACCUGUACUUUAAAAAGAGUGUCAGAGACCAUUCUGGAAUGUUAUACUCCAGCCCAAAACUCUCCAACUGAGUUUCCUAUUAAGUUGAAAAUUGACCUGGCCAACAAAGAGAUUGACAGCUUCAGUUACCAGGAAGAUCCCAUUGUCUAUAAAAUUCACCCAACAAAAUCUUUUAUUAGUGGCGGGAGCACCAUCACAGGGGUUGGGAAAAACCUGAAUUCAGUCAGUGUCCUGAGGAUGGUAAUCCACGUGCGUGAAGCAGGACGGAACUUCACGGUGGCAUGUCAACAUCGCUCUAAUUCCGAGAUAAUCUGCUGUACAACUCCUUCACUACAACAGCUGAAUCUGCAACUCCCCCUGAAAACUAAAGCCUUUUUCAUGUUAGAUGGGAUUCAUUCCAAGUACUUCGAUCUCAUUUAUGUACAUAAUCCUGUCUUUAAGCCUUUUGAAAGGCCAGUGAUGAUCUCAAUAGGCAAUGAAAAUGUACUGGAAAUUAAGGGCAAUGACAUUGACCCUGAAGCAGUGCAAGGUGAAGUGUUAAAAGUUGGUAAUAAGAGCUGUGAGAACAUCCACUCUCAUUCUGAAGCUGUUUUAUGCACGGUCCCCAAUGACCUGCUGAAGCUGAACAGCGAGCUAAAUAUAGAGUGGAAGCAAGCAGUUUCUUCAACUGUCCUUGGAAAAGUGAUCGUUCAACCAGAUCAGAAUUUCACGGGAUUGAUUGUUGGUGGCGUCACAAUAUCAACAAUACUCUUAUUAUUACUUGGGCUUUUCCUGUGGCUGAAAAGGAGGAAGCACAUUAAAGAUCUGGACAGUGAUUUAGUUCGCUAUGAUCCAAGAGUACACACUCCUCAUUUGGAUAGGCUUGUAAGUGCCCGAAGUGUGAGCCCAACUACGGAAAUGGUUUCAAAUGAAUCUGUAGACUACCGAGCUACUUUUCCGGAAGAUCACUAUCCUAACUCAUCUCAGAACGGAUCAUGCAGACAAGUGCAAUAUCCGCUGAUGGACCUAUCCCCCAUCCUAACCGGUGGGGACUCUGAUAUAUCCAGUCCAUUACUGCAAGAUGCUGUGCACAUUGACCUCAGCGCUCUAAAUCCAGAGCUGGUCCAGGCCGUCCAGCACGUAGUGAUCGGGCCCAGCAACCUGAUUGUGCAUUUCAAUGAAGUCAUAGGAAGGGGUCAUUUUGGGUGUGUAUAUCAUGGGACUUUGUUGGACAACAAUGACAAGAAAAUCCAUUGUGCUGUGAAAUCCUUGAAUAGGAUCACUGACAUAGGAGAAGUGUCCCAGUUUCUGACUGAGGGGAUCAUCAUGAAAGACUUCAGCCAUCCCAACGUGCUGUCACUCUUGGGAAUCUGCCUUCGAAGUGAGGGGUCUCCGCUGGUGGUCCUGCCGUACAUGAAACACGGAGAUCUCCGGAACUUCAUUAGAAAUGAGACGCAUAACCCAACCGUAAAAGAUCUUAUUGGCUUUGGUCUUCAAGUAGCCAAAGGCAUGAAAUACCUCGCAAGCAAAAAGUUUGUCCACAGAGACUUGGCUGCAAGGAACUGUAUGCUAGAUGAAAAAUUCACUGUCAAGGUUGCCGAUUUUGGUCUUGCCAGAGACAUGUAUGAUAAAGAAUACUACAGUGUCCACAACAAGACAGGUGCCAAACUGCCGGUGAAGUGGAUGGCUUUAGAAAGUCUACAGACUCAGAAGUUCACCACCAAGUCAGACGUGUGGUCCUUCGGUGUGCUCCUCUGGGAACUGAUGACAAGGGGGGCACCUCCCUAUCCUGAUGUCAACACCUUCGAUAUAACGGUUUACUUGCUGCAAGGCAGAAGGCUCUUACAACCCGAAUACUGCCCCGAUGCCUUGUAUGAAGUGAUGCUAAAGUGCUGGCAUCCCAAAGCUGAAAUGCGCCCGACCUUUUCUGAACUGGUCUCCAGGAUAUCGGCCAUCUUCUCUACGUUCAUCGGGGAGCACUAUGUCCAUGUGAAUGCUACUUACGUGAAUAUCAAAAGUGUUUCUCCAUACCCUUCCCUGUUGUCAUCUCAAGAUAAAGUUGAUGGCGAGGGAGGCACCUGA